UAUAUAUCUUUCACCGUUCGCCCUCAUCCCCUUCUCCCGAUCUCGCCCACAUCUCCGCCGUGAACGCUGCCGGCGACGCGCAAGGAUGCGCGAUUGAUGACUCACGGGAAGCGGUCCGCCUCCAGCUCUUCCACCGCCACCGCCGCCGCCUCUUCCUCCUCGUCGCAGCCCAUGAAGAAGGUCAAGUCCCAGCCGCCUCAAACCGCACCCGUCGAGCGCGAGAAGAACGGGCUACACCCGGCGACCAUACAGGAGGACGAGGAUGCCAUGCUGGUUGAUCAGGAUGAGCUCAAGGAUGCGACUUCGGCUGCCAACGCGACCACUGGUGUCGCCGCGAAUCUAUCUAGGAAGAAGGCCACGCCGCCGCAGCCAUCGGCGAAGAAGCAGCUGGUUAUCAAGCUUGUGAAAGGUAAGCCGACAUUGCCUGCUAAUUUUGAAGAAAACACAUGGGCAACAUUAAAAUCUGCCAUUACUUCUAUAUUUUUGAAGCGGCCUGAUCCUUGUGAUUCUGAAAAGCUCUAUCAGGCUGUCAGUAACCUUUGUCUGCAUAAGAUGGGGGGAAAUCUUUACCAACGUAUUCAGAAGGAAUGUGAAGUUCACAUAUCAGCAUCACUUCAGUCAUUGGUUGGCCAGAGCCCUGAUAUGGUUGUUUUUCUGUCACUAGUAGAAAAAUGUUGGCAGGAUUUUUGUGAUCAGAUGUUGAUGAUCCGUGGCAUAGCCUUAUAUUUGGAUAGGACCUAUGUCAAGCAAAAUCCAAAUGUUAGAUCAUUGUGGGAUAUGGGCUUGCAAUUGUUCCGUAAACACCUCUCCCUGUCUCAAGAAGUCGAGCACAAGACUGUUACUGGUCUUCUAGGAUUGAUUGAGAAGGAGAGAUUAGGUGAAGCAAUUGACAGGACACUGCUUAAUCAUAUUUUGAAGAUGUUUACUGCCUUAGGAAUUUAUGUAGAAAGCUUUGAAAAACCCUUUUUGGAAUGUACGUCUGAAUUUUAUGCAUCUGAAGGUCUGAAGUACAUGCAACAGUCUGAUGUUCCAGACUAUUUGAAACAUGUGGAGCUAAGGUUACAUGAGGAGUAUGAAAGAUGCUUAAUCUACUUGGACACAAAUACAAGAAAGCCACUAGUGGCAACUGCGGAAAAGCAACUCCUGGAACGGCACACUUCUUCCAUUCUUGACAAGGGGUUCACAAUGCUUAUGGAGGCGAACCGUAUUGAAGACCUUCAAAGAAUGUACACACUAUUCUUAAGGGUUAAUGCUCUUGAGUUACUGAGGCAAGCCCUCAACUCAUUCAUCCGUGGUACUGGACAGAGCCUUGUCAUGGAUGAGGAGAAAGACAAAGAUUUAGUUUCCUCUCUAUUAGAAUUUAAGGCAUCUCUUGACAAAAUAUGGGAAGAAAGCUUUUCCAGAAAUGAAGCUUUUUCAAAUACCAUAAAGGAUGCAUUUGAGCAUCUCAUCAAUCUGCGUCAGAAUAGACCAGCUGAACUGAUUGCCAAGUUUUUGGAUGAGAAGCUACGUGCUGGUAACAAGGGUACAUCUGAAGAAGAGUUGGAGAGUACACUUGAUAAAGUUUUGGUUUUAUUUAGAUUUAUUCAAGGUAAAGAUGUUUUUGAGGCAUUUUACAAGAAAGAUCUUGCAAAAAGGUUGUUGUUGGGAAAAAGUGCCUCUAUAGAUGCAGAAAAGUCGAUGAUUUCAAAACUCAAGACUGAGUGUGGGAGCCAAUUUACUAAUAAACUUGAAGGGAUGUUUAAGGAUAUUGAGUUGUCGAAAGAGAUAAAUGACUCCUUCAAGCAGUCAUCCCAGGCCAGGACAAAACUUCCAACUGGUAUUGAGAUGAGUGUUCAUGUUCUAACAACAGGGUACUGGCCAACAUACCCUCCCAUGGAUGUUAGGCUACCUCAUGAACUCAAUGUGUAUCAGGACAUCUUCAAAGAGUUCUAUCUGAGUAAGUACAGUGGUAGAAGGUUGAUGUGGCAAAAUUCCUUAGGCCAUUGUGUUCUAAAAGCAGAAUUUCCGAAAGGUAAAAAGGAAUUGGCUGUAUCAUUAUUCCAGACUGUUGUUUUAAUGUUGUUCAAUGAUACACAAAAGUUGAGUUUUCAAGACAUCAAAGACUCAACUGGAAUUGAUGACAAGGAACUGAGGAGAACUUUGCAGUCACUUGCAUGUGGCAAAGUUCGUGUGCUCCAGAAGAUCCCAAAAGGAAGAGAAGUAGAGGAUGGUGACUCAUUUGUAUUUAAUGAAGACUUCAGUGCUCCUCUCUAUCGUAUUAAGGUGAAUGCGAUCCAGAUGAAGGAGACAGUAGAAGAAAACACAAGCACCACUGAAAGAGUAUUCCAGGAUCGUCAGUAUCAGGUCGAUGCAGCGAUAGUUCGUAUUAUGAAGACAAGAAAAGUGCUUAGCCACACACUUCUAAUAACCGAACUAUUCCAACAGCUCAAGUUCCCGAUAAAGCCCGCAGACUUGAAGAAAAGGAUAGAGAGCCUCAUCGACAGAGAAUACCUGGAACGGGACAAGAACAAUCCGCAGAUUUACAAUUACCUGGCUUAAUCAUCUAAAGGCACAAUGUACCUAAUGCUCUCCGCUUGCAAAUAAUGCGGCGAACUUCUUGAGGUUAUGCUUGAUGAAAAUAUGGUCUCCGAAAAA